AUGGAAGGAAACACGCCUGUCUCCAGUGACGCCAUAGCCUUGGUGCCCGCAGAGCACCGCGCACCCCUCGCGGCUUGUGGGGACGCGGGUGCCACCCACCGCAUGGUGCCCACGGUGACUGCUGCUGGGUCAGAGCAGGUGUUUCAUGGAGACCCCUGGCCGCGUCGCCUGCGCGUGGGGUGCUCCGUGCCUGACGCGCUCUCUGCCCUGCAGACGCUGGACCUCGCCAACAACCAGCUGAGCGAGGUCCCCGCGGAGCUGGCCGACUGCCCCAAGCUCAGGGAGCUCAACCUCCACGGGAACCAGCUGAAGGACAGGCGCCUGGAGAAGAUGCUGGGCAGCUGCCAGACCAAGUCCAUCCUGGAGUACCUGCGGGCGGGGGGCCGCGGCAGGGCCAAGGGCAGGGCCGACCCCGAGAAGGAGGAGAGCCGGCGCCAGAGGAGGGAGCGGAGGAAGAGGGAGGGCGAGGAGGAGGAGGUGGCCGAGGCCAGCCGGCUGCUGCUCCGAGUGCUGCACGUCUCAGAGAACCCGGCCCCACUGACCAUCACGGCCGGCCCCGAGGUCAAGGGCGUGCGGCCGUUCCUCGUGGGGGCUGUCGUGAGGGGCAUGGACCUGCAGACUGGCAACGCACUCAAGCGCUUCCUCACCUCUCAGACGAAGCUGCACGAGGACCUCUGCGAGAAGCGGACGGGGUCAGAGCAGGUGUUUCAUGGAGACCCCUGGCCGCGUCGCCUGCGCGUGGGGUGCUCCGUGCCUGACGCGCUCUCUGCCCUGCAGACGCUGGACCUCGCCAACAACCAGCUGAGCGAGGUCCCCGCGGAGCUGGCCGACUGCCCCAAGCUCAGGGAGCUCAACCUCCACGGGAACCAGCUGAAGGACAGGCGCCUGGAGAAGAUGCUGGGCAGCUGCCAGACCAAGUCCAUCCUGGAGUACCUGCGGGCGGGGGGCCGCGGCAGGGCCAAGGGCAGGGCCGACCCCGAGAAGGAGGAGAGCCGGCGCCAGAGGAGGGAGCGGAGGAAGAGGGAGGGCGAGGAGGAGGAGGUGGCCGAGGCCAGCCGGCUGCUGCUCCGAGUGCUGCACGUCUCAGAGAACCCGGCCCCACUGACCAUCACGGCCGGCCCCGAGGUCAAGGGCGUGCGGCCGUUCCUCGUGGGGGCUGUCGUGAGGGGCAUGGACCUGCAGACUGGCAACGCACUCAAGCGCUUCCUCACCUCUCAGACGAAGCUGCACGAGGACCUCUGUUUCACCCCAAAGAUCGUCCCCCUGGGGCGCAAGGAGGUCAAGGUCAAGGACCUGGUGCGGCAGCUGCAGGCGGAGGCGGAGGAGCACCGGAAGCAGAAGAAGAGGCAGACGGUCUCGGGCCUGCACAGAUACCUCCACCUGCUGGACGGGAAGGAGCAGUACCCCUGCCUCCUGGACGCCGACGGCGACGUCAUUUCCUUCCCGCCGAUAACCAACAGCGAGAAGACCAAGAUUAAGAAAACAACUUGCGAUUUGUUUUUGGAAGUGACAAGUGCGACAAGUCUGCAGAUCUGCAAAGACAUCAUGGACGCCCUCGUUCUGAAAAUGGCAGAAAUCAACAAAUACACCUUAGAAAACAAGGAGGAGGGCUCUGUCUCAGACACUGAAGCGGACGCCACUUCCGGACACCUCUCGGAGCCCGGAAGGCACCCCAGCCCUGAGCGAGACGGGAGCGCCCCCCUGGUGGUGGAGCAGGUGCGGGUGGUGGAUGAGGAGGGGCACCUGAAGGUGGUGUACCCGUCCAAGACGGACCUGGACAUCGCCGCUGCCCACGUGACGGUCAUCCGCUGAGACGCUGCCGGCGCCGCCAGCCACCUGGACAGCUCUGCCCCCGAGGGGCUCACGAGUGGGGGCACUGAAUUACUCGCUACCCUGCCCCCUGGGCGGUUUUGAAGCUGUCUGCAGUCUUUGUCCAGUUUGCAGAAGAUCCUGCUGUGAAGACGUGCCACACUGUCACGUGUGCCACGCUGUCACGUGCUUACACUCUCCUGCCUCCAGCUCUCACUAAGGCUUUGGGUGACUUACUCAGCGCACUGCACUGUGAGAACGCGCUGGGGUCACGUGGGCACAGCCAGCUGCUCCCGGGAGACUCCGUGGACAUGGCGUUCCGUCCCAGCCGGAGCCUGCGCAGCGGGCAUCGCCUCUUCCACCGCUGCCGGUGCACUGAGCACGCGCAGCCUCGUCCUCGGCCUACGGUGAACGCGUGGCUGGUGGACGCUUAGGGGUGGCGAUUCAGAGGGGCACCUGCCGGGGGGAGGAGUCAGCGGGACUUAGAGCCGCUGGUGAGUGAGCCUGUGGUGACGAGCAGAUGGCAGACCCCAGUCCCAGGGGGACGUGCCGGUGGGUGGGGCUGCAGCAUCUUACACUGUAGGUGUUUCUGGUUUUAAAUGUCUCGGCAGGAAA